AGUCGCUUCUAGAAUGUAGUACCGAAAAGCUGCUUUCGAAAUUCGAAAAGCAGUGCUUCGCUUUGCAUGUAACUCACUACAAUUUUCACUUUCUUCCUCCACGGGCGAGGAUAGUCACUGAAUAUCAAAAUGGAUGAAGGAGCGACAGGUCCGUGUGGUCGGGAUGCUCCUCCACGACCGGACCAGUCUGGCAGCUGGCUCUCGUGGGAUGAAUACUUCAUGUACACAGCCAUGCUCUCUGCUGAUCGGGCCAAGGAUCCUAGUACGCAAGUCGGCGCUUGCAUCGUGAACUCGGACAACCGCAUCAUCGGAAUCGGCUACAAUGGCUUCCCGCGAGUGCCACAGCCGGAGGCUCUCAGCAUCUGCUCACGCAUGUGCUCCGAUCUUCUCGAAGAGUGGAAAUACACUUCGUGGAGCAGUUUUUGCAAUUUCGGCUUGCUUGAUGAUUCUGAAAACAUAUUGUGUUCACCUGUAGUGGAGGCUAAAGGUGGAACGCACAAUAGCGCGGCUUGUUUUCCAGCUUCGACACCAGCAGUAGUAGAGACCACUACUACAAUAUCAUCAUCGUCUUCUAAGCCAAGCAAGGACAAGUCCUUGAUGAAUGCAUUCGAAGCACCUUCUUCUGCAUCUAAGUCAACGACUGCCACCAGCUCGAAGGCUACCACAGCCGCCAAUGAUCAAGAUGAAAUCGACGGCGUGGAGCAAGACGAGAAACCAGACGGCUCGGAGACAUCUUCUGCACCAUCACUGUCAGUUCAACAAUACCUUUUCAGGCGCCUGAGCAGUUCAGUGCGCCAGCUGUCACGUCUCUGGGAGCAACGUGUGGAUCAUUUUCGAUCUUCGUGGCAUCGUCACAGCAACAACGACUCAGCCUUUCCUUGGGCGCGCGAAGCUCCUCUUCGCAGUGACACGAAGUAUCCGUAUGUGAUGCACGCCGAAGCUAACGCUAUCCUUAACAAAACCGUGCCGAUUCAGCGACGAUCGCCAGCCGGAGGUGGUCAGGUGGGAGUUUCUAGUUCUACGUCUGCUACAGCAUCGACCUUAUUUAGAAACCGGAUUUACAGUUCGUUGUUUCCUUGUCAUGACUGCGCUAAAUUGGUUAUACAAGCAGGAAUCGAGGAGGUCAUCUAUCUCUCGGACAAGCAUGCUGCGACGGACUCAGCACGCGCGGCCCGACGACUUUUUCAACUGGCUGGUGUGCAGUGUCGCGAGUUUGUCCCACCCUCUUUGGUCGGCGGCAAGAACUCGAAAUGGUUCUUCAGGGGUGGCCAGUCGCCAAGCCUUAUUGAUCAUGGGAAUGGUGAGAGUUGUCCGCUCGAGCGUGUUCGUGCCAAUGUAGACCAAUGGAAAGUUGCACCUAUCAUUGGAGAAGGGUCUCGGGAGCUACAGAAUGGUGCGAGUAGUCUAAUUGAUGAAAACGGGUCCUUUGACUUUGUGCAACUACAAAGUUCCUCGCUCAAAGUCCUUGGCCUGAAAGUCCUCUGCUUUUCUGUUGCUUUCGGAGCCACAUCAUUAGGCAUCACAAAUCUCACUAGAAGAACAAAUCAGAAUGUUUUUGGUCUAAUUUUGCGUGCAGUCACUGGCCGACUUUUGCGGCCCCCGGCGCUAUCUCCUCCACAACUACCUGAUACAACAACUGUUGAUAGUUACGAUUGGUAACUCAUAGUUGUCCUAAUUCUGCUACCUGUAUCUCUAUCUACAACUACUGGCUCCUAACAGAUUAAGCGGCGGUCGACGUCGAG